AUUGUCUGACGCGGUGGUCGCGUUGUAGUGCUCGCGUUUGGUGUAUUCGUGCGAAUUACAUGUAAUUACGUGCGAUGGGGCGCGACGCAGAGCGUAAAAGUGGAGACGCACGUUUGGUUCUCCGCUGAGGGAGACGGCGGAAGUGGAUAAUUCUCACCGAUGAGAUCGUCGUCAUAACGAGACAGUCAUUUAGUCUCUGAUGGACCCGGCUUCCUCGAUCGCAUGCCGUAAUCGACGGUAAUCGCAAGCGAGCCUCGAAAAAUAAUGGCGAUCAUCAGGAACCACCCAGGCGGUCGAUCGUCGAGCUGCCUACGCAAGUACCGGCUGAUCUUUGCCUUUGGCAUAACUGUGCUAUGCGUCCAGGUCUACCUACACACAUUCUUUGGUCUGGAUAAUGACAAGGGCAAGUCCAGCCGGUUAUCGUCUGGAGAGGGUGGUUCUUCUCAACCAGAGGAGGAUGAAGGCCUGCCAAAAGGUUUACGUCAACUGAAACUUCCACCCGACAAGCAGACAAACACAAACAAACAAACUCAGCUACAAUCCCAGCUAAGAAAUCGCACCGCCAAAAUAAAGCUAGAUCGCAAGUCAUUGAACUUCACACCUGUGUGUGAAGUUACGGUCCGGGAGGCGGUGAGCGCCAUAACGCGUGCUCAGAAUCAAGCAUGCAAGCAACGCAUUGUCAAUGUGACGUGCCUUAGCCAGCAGGGUUUGUUGUACCCGGAAAGAGUACAAUCUUUGUGUCCCCAUUCUCCAGGUUUUACAGGCAUACCGAUCAACUUGGGCUGCUUCAAAGACGACAAAACGUUGAGAGCACUUUCCGGUUAUUAUCACGUCUUCAAAGGGAUCAAUACGCCCGAGCGUUGCGCUUAUAUGUGUCUUCAAUCAGGAUUUCCAUACGCUGGUACAGAGUACUCGGUAGAAUGUUUUUGUGGAAUGGAAGAACCAUUACAGACGAAACGUUUACCAGAUUCCAGCUGCAAUAUGAAGUGUUCCGGUAAUCCAAAACAGACAUGUGGUGGUUAUUUAACUAUUAAUAUAUAUUGGACUGGAAUUCAGAAAUUUAAACCUCAAGAGGCAAGAAAUUCGAGUUUAAAAAAUGAAAUCGAACAACCUGUACGAAUAGCUUAUCUGCUGACGGUGAACGGUAGGGCGAGUCGGCAAGUGAAACGACUUAUCAGUAUUUUAUAUCAUCCCUCGCAUUUAUUUUAUAUUCAUGUUGAUGCGAGGCAGGAUUAUUUAUAUCGUGAAAUGUUGGAAUUGGAAAAAUUGUGUAAAUUAAACAAUAUCAAAGUGGCAAGAGGGGAAGGUCUGCGACACGCGAGUAUUUGGGGUGGUGCGAGUCUUUUGACGACAUUCUUGAAGUCGGCGCAACAGAUGCUCGCCUAUCAUCAACACUGGGAUUUUCUCGUAAAUCUAUCGGAAUCCGACUUCCCUUUGAAAAGCAAUAAUCAGCUGAUCGAAUUUCUCAGUUGGAACAAGGGUAUGAACUUUGCGAAGUCGCAUGGAAGGGAAGUCCAGCGUUUUAUAGCUAAACAAGGUUUAGAUAAGACUUUUGUCGAAUGUGAAGCACGCAUGUGGCGAAUCGGUGAUCGAAAAUUACCAGAUGGUAUUCAAGUCGAUGGUGGUAGCGACUGGUUUGCUCUGAGUCGAGACUUUGUCGAGUACGUCGCCAGUCCAAAUCCUGAUCAGCUGGUAUCCAAUCUUUUAAAACUAUUCAAAUAUACCUUGCUGCCAGCUGAGUCAUUCUUUCACACGGUCAUAAGAAACUCACGGUUCUGCAAUACUUACAUAGACAAUAAUCUGCACAUGACUAAUUGGAAGAGGAAGUUAGGUUGCAAGUGUCAGUACAAGGCCGUGGUGGAUUGGUGCGGAUGCAGUCCGAACGAUUUUAAACUCGAGGAUUUUAAUCGGCUACGAAACACGGCGGAUCGCAAUAUAUUCUUUGCCCGUAAAUUCGAACCUGUUAUCGAUUAUAGAAUUAUAGACCGCGUGGAAGAAUGGCUGUAUCCCGAUCGAGUGAACAAAACGACUAGAUCGCGAGGCUACGAUAUGUAUUGGCAAAGUCUGUAUCAUCAUGCGGAUCUGAGUCCACUACCGGAUGAUGCAUUGCUAACGCUCUCGUAUUCCUUGGCAAGAUUGGUUUACCGCAAACUGAACAUAGAUCACAAAAAUAUUCGCUUGCUGGAAAAUACUGCAUACUUUCGCGAGAAUCGUUUCGCUGGUAUAUUAAUUCUGGCAGAGAGUAAAAAGGAAUUCUCUGAUGUAUCCGCACUGCCUGACAGUCGUACGAGACGUGUGGAGGUUUUGAUCUCUAUGCGACACAAUUUUUCUGCUAGUAGAUUAUGGUCGGGAAAGAUACGAAGUCUCUCUGUUAGCACGGAUUACGAUCAAAAGGAACAGACAUUUAGAAACUUGAUGGGUAGUAUAGGGCCGUAUUCGACUCCGGUCUUGGCCUAUGAGUUUGACGCGAGUGUUACAAUACCGCAGAAUGUAUCAAUCCUAUGGAUUGAUCCGCACGGCCGCCUCGCCGACGUGAAUCAUAUACUACUCGAAGAAAUGACCUUGGUAGGACAUGUUAAGCCGCAGCUAAACGAACAAUUAGCUGUUGGUACUUGGCGAUUAUUAUUAGUUGCCGACACUCAGCUGAUAGCGAAAUUAAGAUUCUUGGUAAUUCCGUUGUCCUAUUGGAAGACCAAGAGAAUAAACUUGGAUAAGGCGAAGGAGAUAAUAGACGGUCCGAGCACCGUCUAUCAUAUUACAGAGGAAAUGAAUAAAAGCUGGUCGAAGUUAGUGAAAUCUGCGAUAGUGAAUGAGCAGAUUACUCACAGUCAAAAUAGGAUCGGUGAGGACCUCGACGAUUGGCUGGACAGAUUAGUAUACGAGCACUACGAGAUCGAUGAAAUGUGUGAUGUUGAUCGUGAGAUUCGGUCCGAAUCGAAGUUACAAAAGUGUCUCGACACCCCUUGGAGCUCCUUGAGCCCCGAUUCAAAGGCUGAUACUCGUAACCUAUGUCAAAACUACUAAUUAAUUAUUUUACCAACUACGUGCCAUUUUCGCCGUUUUGAAACCUAUUGUACGUGUAUAAAGAUUGCAAGACAUCUUUAGAUAUUUUUAUAUAUCGAUUAAACUGUACAUAUAUAUAUAUACUUCAUAUUUA